AUGGAUGUGGCUGUAAUGACUCCCAGAGACCAAACCCUCCAAGCAAGAGAAUGCAUCAGAAGAGUUCUGUUAGUCAUUUGCGAGAAGAUGUUCUUGGCAGAUUUGUUGGUGGUGCCCAUAAAGGGAUAUGAGGUUAUCCUGGGCAUGGAUUGGUUAUCAGGCUAUCGGGCACAAUUAGAUUGUGGAAAAGGUCAUAUUUUGUUCAAGGAGAAUAGGCAACGGCAAAUAGUGUUCUACGGGAUCAGUCCAAGCAAGUCUGUGUCUUUAGUAGCUGCCUUGAGAGUGGAAGAUUUGCUCAAUGAUGGAGAAGCGUAUCUGGUAACAGUAACUGCUAGUGAAGGACCCGCUAGCAAUAGAGUUGAAAUUACGGAUAUUGCGGUAGUACAAGAGUUUGAGGAUGUGUUUGCGGCGUUAAAAGAGUUACCUCCACCUCGGAGUAACCCUUUCACAAUUAAACUAAGCCGAUAG